AUGACGGCGGUGGUUUAUGCACUAGUGUCGCAUUGUGGCAACAUAAUUGCCGAUUAUACUUCACCAUAUUCGGUAGGAGGUGGCAUUAGUCAGUUUAACGUGAACUUGGACGCCGUUGCAAGGAUUCAGCUUUCAAAACUACCCUCAGAAAAUCGUUACGGCAGCUCAUUUAUCUUGGGUCAUUACUUCUAUCACAUCGUUAGUGACGAUCUGAUUUUACUUUGCGUGGCAACCUCCAACGAGGAACCCGAGUUGCCCAACCGUUUUUUGAAUGAAUUGCGUGCUGCGUGCACGGCUCAAGUUUUGAACAACACUAACUCGCGUAGCGAGCUUCUGGCACGUAUUCUGAGUCGUCUGGUGGGCGAGUACAACGCAACUAGUGACAAACUUCGAUCUAUAGAAAGCAACUUACAGCAAACUACCGAGACUCUGCGUCACAACAUCACUAGUAUUUUGGAGCGAGGUGAGAUUAUCGACUCUCUUGUUAGUAAAUCUACGGCGAUAAAGGACGAAACUUUGGCAUUUCGUCGUUUAGCUCAUAGGGCCAAUUUAGACCAUUACUUCCCGGAAUUUUGCUAUAGUAGCAUUAGUUACUACAGUGUUAGGCUUGUUAUCGUUUUUCAUACUUUUUUGAUAAUGGCAAAAGGGGCUAGGUUCGCAGGCCCGCUUUUCGGUCGCAGAUAUGGCCGUCUACAAAACCCAUCACUGGCUUUUUUCCCAGCUUUGAUUGCUGGUGGAAUGGUCGGUCGCUUCGUACCUUUUAACGCAGAUUCUAUUGAUCUGUCAUUUCUCCGGCGUGGCUCAGCUGGUCGUAGCCUUGGCGCAUUUGUGCUGGGCGUGUUCGUAGGGAUUGGUGUCGGAUUGACGAUGUACCCAUGGCUUUUAUCCAAGAUACGUGCUUGGAUGGCUUUCUUCAAGGGUAAAGGUUGCGACCGUGGCACGGAAGGCAAGGCUGACGCUGAUUGUACGGAUCACUCGCAAGGCAAUCGCGAUUGCGAACUAAAUUAA